CAAUUGCAGGUCCAGUUGGCGGUUAGUUUUGGCGGGUUCUUGGUCUCGUGAGGACGUUGAUUCAUUUCAGUUAUCUGAUCUAAUUCUAUCCUGAUAUUCGACAGUCUUCAGCUCGUCGAGAGAACGUUGGUUCUUUUACAGUUAUCUGAUCAACUUCAGGUCCAGUUAUUCGACAGUCUUUAGCUCGUUGGAAAAAAAAACUCGGGUUUAUUUCAGUUAUCUGAUCGAAUUCUGUCCUGAUAUUCGACAGUCUUUAGAUCGUCGAGAAGACGUUGGUUCAUUUUAGUUAUCUGAUAGAAUUCUGACCUAAUAUUCGACGACCUUUUGCUCAAAGGAACAGAAUUUGAACCAGAUAUUCGACGAGUCUUUUCCGCGUGGCUGAGGGUCAGCCACUAGUCUCAGACGCCUCAGACAAACACCAAGUUUUUUUUUAAUUAUCCAGAUAGGCACUAGGCUCUUUUGCUACGCUUCGGAAAGAUGUGGAGAUAGUGUCUGAGAGGGACCUAUUACAUACUAAGGGACGGACGUCCUCGUGUUGGGAAUCAGAAUAGCAUAAAUUAUAUUAAUAAUAUAAUAAUCGUCUUAGCUGAAGAGCAAAUUCGGCCCAACUAUGGAUUCCACCAAGAAGAAGGAUGUCAUGCCCCUGAUACCCAAACUCUGCUACGGAGUUGGGCAUUUCAUGAACGACCUGUGCGCCUCCAUGUGGUUUUCGUAUAUUCUUCUGUUCUAUGUGUCUGUUCUACGGUUUGGCGACAUGUCCGCCGGCUAUAUCAUGCUCGUAGGUCAGAUAGCAGAUGGCUUGAGCACCCCUAUAGUAGGAAUCAUGGCGGACAAACAAAAUAAGAUUCCCAUAUGCGCACGGUAUGGGAGAAGGAAAACCAUCCAUUUGAUAGGAACCAUCUUAGUUAUGAUUAGCUUUCCAUUCAUCUUCAACGAGUGCCUGGGAUGCUCGGAGUCUUCCGAAGGAGUCAGAUUUGCAUUCCAUGCUGUCUUCGUCGUCAUUUUCCAGUUUGCUUGGGCUUGUGUCCAGGUAUCCCACCUGGCUCUCAUUCCAGCGCUUGCUACUAGAAAGACCCAAAGGACAGAACUCAACUCUAUUCGGUAUGCAUUUAUGGUGCUGGCAAACAUGUUAGUUUUUGUGAUCACAUUCAUCUUUCUGGGAGUGGAUGCCUUUGAGGAUAAGGAAGACACUAACUCAACUACCAUAGCCCCGUCUACAACGACAGAGCUUCCAACGACGGCUCUCAGGGUCGUGGACGACUACCAGAAAAUGGGUAGCAUUGGCCCAGAACAACUUGACAGUUUCAGGAAUGUUGCUCUUACUUGUAUAGGCAUAGGAAGCAUAUUUUCACUCAUUUUCCAUGUUGGAACCAAGGAGCCACAAUUCUGUCAGUCGCAAGAUUCUGACGAAGAAGACAAGUCUUCUCAGUGCAGAAAAGUCACAAGGAUAAGAAAAAGAGACUGGUUCAAAAUGACGACUUUUUACCAAGUUGGAGCUAUGUACACAGCAACAAGGCUUUAUGUCAAUCUUUACAUGACAUACAUUCCCCUCCUUGUUGACAACACACUUCAAAUGGACGUCAUUUUUGUUGCCGUUGUCCCGAUGAUUAUGCAUUUUUCUAGUUUCUUGGGAUCCUUUGUCAUGAAGCCUAUAAACAGAAUAAUAGGUAGAAAGCGUACAUUCUCCCUUGGUUGCUGCGUUGGCUUGGCGGCUUGUAUCUGGAUAGGCGUAGGAGGGGAGAGCGGCUAUUUUAAAGUGUGGGGUGUUUAUCCCGUGGCUGUUCUCUUGGGCAUCGGAGGUUCGGUUCUCCUGAUCACCUCGCUCUCCAUCACAGCCGAUCUCAUCGGAGAGAACUCGGAGGGAGGCGCCUUUGUCUACGGGUUCAUGAGUCUCCUGGACAAGGUUUCCAACGGAAUUGUCAUCAUGGUUAUACAGAAGCUGGAUAAUGGAGAAUCAAUGUAUUAUCGUGAGGUUUUGGCUUUCGCUUGCGGGGUCCCUUGUAUUUUCGGCGUUUGCGUCACGCUAACUAUGUACAAUUCAAGAGUCGGGGCUCGCGAUAGAGGCCAAACUGUCGCAGAAAUCACCGAAGAAAAGGAUCCAGAAAUCACGGACGACGCAGAAAAGCACAGAUCUGGAUCCAUGGACAACCCAGCCUUUGAAAGUGACGGACACAUAUAGUAGAACUGCUGCCAGAAAAGUGAAAGUUAUAAGAUUCAUUUUUUAUUUUUGCUUUGCUCUUGAUCUCCCGAACGAGAGGAAUGCCGAUAUUCUCAGGAAGAUUUCAGCGAAAAGGAAAGUGGCAUACUACCUUGUAAUUAGCCGUCAGUCAAACCGGUUACAUAAGGGCCCGACAGCCUACGCAACACAGUCACUAUCUUUAACCAUAGCCAGAACCUACAUGGACUUGAAAUCAGUCCUCUGCAGACGUAACUCUCUAUAUAAUAUUGAAUUUAAAAGUGUUGAUUCAUUAAAUUCAGUCUGGCCUGACUAAGCCUAUCAAAUAACGUAAGGCUCUAUGAACGUUCCUUGGCGGUGAGUUGUUGUCAGUCUUCGUGAUGUUGGACUUCAGUGUGUCUUGGGUGGCUGGUAAUAAAGUCACAGAAAAAAAGUCACAUAAAGAAAGUCACUAUUUUGACUAUGAAAAAAAAGUCACAGGGAAAUAUUCACAAUACUUCUGGGGGUCACAUCUUUUUUUCACUAAACACACCGCAAAGGUGGAUACAUACCAGGUUAAAACCCUUGGGGGGUCACUAUCCAGAAAAGAUUAAUGUAACAUUUUUCCUUUGACUCUUUUUCUGUGAAUUUUUUUUUACCAGGAUUCAUGUCAUGCCCUUAGCCAAAAUUUACUAGUGGCAUUAGAAGAUAUACAGCCUAACCAGAGUCUUCGUCAUCUUUGACCUAUUAAAGUUUUAAUAUGUGAACACUGAUUGUAGCCGGGUUCACUGGUUGCCAGGAUCAGAGUCUGGGCUGAGAAUAGCCGGAUUUCCAGAAAGCAGAAAUCAAAGUAGCCAGGGUCUGAUUAGCCUAACAGCCGGAUUUCCAGGCAGCUGGGAUCAAAGCCGGGAUUGUGGGUAGCCAAGCUCAAAGUAACCAGGUUCUUAGGUAGCUGGGUGAAUACGUAGCCAGUUUGACUGUAUUCAGUUGUAAUUAGAUGUUUAUAUCUAUUUCCAUGUCCUCUUCAGUCUAGCAUUCUGUAAAAUACUCAGAUGGAGAGGGAAAGACAUUGGUCGGCUUAUUCUAUAAGUUUCUCUCUGUUUUAUUGGUUUAUUUUUCUUUAGGUUACAUAAACAGAGAUAGCCUCAAGAAAUAAAAAUAACAUUAUUGUUGAUUUUAUUGCUGUCUGUAAAUAUUAUUGAUAUUUUUUUCAUUUCCUUCCAUAGACUGAUUUCAAUUAUAAUUUCCUCUUUGAUACAAGUGUCUCUUCAACUUACAGAUGGUCGAUAAUCCAAAGUGAAAUACAAAAAUAACUUAGAUGUCAGUAAAGCAUUUUAAGAAUAGCCUGUUGUCUUUCUCGUCUAAUUUUUCAGCGGUAUUGUGAAUUCACACAUUUUCAUGUUGUCUUGUUUGCUGUGUAAUACUUGGAUUUGUCCUUGUCAGUUUUCGCACGAUUUUUAUUUAAUUUAAUUUAUUACGGGGCCCUCAGGAUGAUAUAAUCUUAGAGCCCUUCAAUCUCCGUUUUAUCAAUACUCUAGCAUUCUUUUGCUUUCUCGUGUGUUCUCGGAGUCCUAUGAUUCAUUUAUGAUUGUUGCACACGCUAGAUUAAGGCGACUGUGUGCCGUGUAGAAUGGCUAGUCGGUAGCAGUUAUGAUAUCUACUGUAGCCAUUUUUGGUUUAGGUUAAUUUCCUGUCUUAGUGCGCUUCCACUAAUGAUUAUUUAAACACUCACAUAUACAAUAUAUAUACAUACACACACACACACACACACACACACACACACACACACACAUAUAUAUAUAUAUAUAUAUAUAUAUAUAUAUAUAUAUAUAUAUAUAUAUAUAUAUAUUCAAUUCCGUGCUAUGCAAAAGAUAUAUUGCAAGUUUCUUUAGAAGCGGGAAAUUAAUGUUACACUCAGUCCUUUUCUUUUGUAUAUCAAUAUAUUCUAGUAUGUAAUCAUAUUUAUAUUCAGUGCCCAAAAACUCAUUAAAAGAUAAAACCAUA